AUGUCCCAGGUUAAGCUUACUCUACGACCUCCGCCUAAUGUUGACUUCGUUAAUGGAUACCCUGGCAUACCUCCUGGUACAGACCGUCAGCAAGCUUGUGUGAAAGGGGCUGUCGAAGUUCGAACUGGAUCUCAAGGCGUGAAGGCGAAAUGGGUACGCGUAGAACUGCGCAAAGUCGAGACCCUUCCAGGUGGUGGCCUAUCGAACACGUUUUACGACUUCGUUGGUCCCAGCCCCGUAACAAUAUGGACAGCGAGUGGCGAAUAUGAGCUCCUUCGUUCGCAAGAUAUUGCUUUUCAAAUACGAAUACCGGAAUCUGUACCUCCUAGCAUCGCAUUAGAGAGCGGAGCCGGAAUAAAAUAUGAACUGUUAGCUAGUGUAUGCACAAAAGGGAAAAGAGGGUUUUUACGUCGGAGGAAGUCGAGCGUCAUAUCCACUCAAGCUUCAAUCGUUAUUGACAAGCACGAACUUCACUCCACAUGGCCUGUUUAUUCUCAGCCGGAAUCCCGACAGACUACUCACGAAGGCGUCACUUUGACCGUAGACCGGGAUCAAACCUGUUUUGGACCAGGGGACCGCAUAUCUGUUAUGGCCAGUCUAAAAUCGGAAAGCACACAUACUGUCUUGUUGCGAGGAUUUGAACUCACACUCAAAGAGUCUACUAUCUUCCGGGCAGGACCUUACACAUCUGGAAAGAAAAGUGUUCCCCAAGUUCGAGUCAUUACCGUCGACGAGAACAAGAUUCCCGUAAAUUUCAACUUGUAUGGAGGGAUGGUGCAGAAAGCCGAGCUCACCUGUGGCGUAUCGCCAAAUCACACCACUACAAGUCUUAAUACUGCAAGACACAUCGACAUCACCUAUGUUCUCAGUGUCAAGGCGCUCUUAGGGACUGGUCCCUUGGUCAUGGACCUUCCUGUCGUUCUUUCCAAUUGGCAGAGGACUGUCUCCCAAGAAGCCGUCAGACGUAUAGGACCUGUCCCUAGUCUGUCGUUGACGCCCCCUGGAGGAACUCCCCACAAUACUCUGCCUUCUCGCGUGGAGCCUGCCCCUGGCCGAUCUCGCCUGAAUGUCAUUCACCCUGAAAUUAACCGUCCGAACGCUAGCAACAACGAGUCUGGCAGGCCUGACGAGUUUGGUUAUUCGCAACGUGCACAUGUGACGUCUCCUCGCGCAGAAGAUCCCAGAAGUACAUCUUUGCCAGGACGUACUUUAAGUGCAAAUGCAACCAAUACACCGCCCAAUCGCUUUACUGUAACUAAUGUACCAGACUCGGAGCCGGCCCUUUCACCGGAACGAGAGAAUCGAGAAGUGCGCCGUGGACCCUCAGGUUCUGGCUCGGCAAAUACCGGUCGUGCGUGGCCUACCGCCGAGGAGGAGAAAUUAAAAUUGUAUGAGGGUGCUAAGGCUACAGCACAAAAGGUGCAAGAACAGGUGACUGGAAUGAGCGCAGCUCAACAGACAACCUCACCGACUACUAACGUUGCGAAUUCUCCAAGUACUCGGUCGGCGCGAACUGGACCCUGGCCAACAGCCGAAGAGGAGAAGGUGCAUUUGUUUACCAGAGCAAAAGCUGCAGUUACUACCAAAACACAACCCGAUGUCUCCGCUGCUGAACGAAAGUCCCCUCACAACAGUAAACCUACCGACUCCGGUGCUAGCAACAAAUUAUCUCAAUACCCCUCCGCUGAACUAGAAAAAGAAGCUCUUCGGCGGUAUCAACAAGCUGUAGAAGCUGUGGAGCGCACACAUAAUCCUCUUGACUCUGGAGGGUCCUCUUCAGCUCCAGUUUUCCACAGUCCUCCUCCUAAUGACCUUCCUCCUCCCUUCGAAGCAGCAGCGGCUAGUCCCCCUAUUGACGCACGCACGCAGAUAGCAGAAAAGGAGCGUUUGCGUCGUGCCUACGAAGCACAGGAUGCUGCCGUUGCAGCUAGUCCUCCCAUCGACGCACGCACGCAGAUAGCAGAGAAGGAGCGUUUGCGCCGCGCCUAUGAGGCACAGGAUGCCGCCACUGCACAACAGAAAGAUGCCUAUAACGACCCUACUACAUUGACAGCAAAACAGGAGAAGGAGAUGAUACGACGCAAGUUAGCUGAGCAAGAUGCCCAGGUGGCGGCGAAGGCGCAACCGACCACUCCAGCUCGCACCGCUUCUCCGCCUCACCAUUCUUAUCGACCCACCCCGUCGCCACCUGGUGCCAGUGGGUCAAGACCGCUAACUGCAGCAGAGGAGAAGGCCAUGCUGCGAGCAAGAUACGAAUCGGAAAAUUCCGUUUCCAACGCUCAUCUACCCGCAGUGAAUGGCUACACCAAUGGUACUCACACCACCUCAUUAUCACCCGCUCAUUCCUUCAAAGCGUCCCCUCCUACUUCACCUCCGCCACCAGUGUCGUCCUCCGCAGCUCCCCCGCCUCUAUUGCCUCGACCUCCCGCCGAUUACAUCAAAGAGACCCAAGAAGAGGAUGCUAGGGUAUCAAGAUACGUUUUGAAUGGCACCAUUCCCAACCUUUACGACUACCCACCGACACCCAGCCCACCACGUAGACCAUCGCCUUAG